AUGACAAAAGGAUGUUCCAUAAUAUUCAUAAAAAGAAAUAAAAAUAUAUUCUUUAACCUUAACACAUGUUACUAUUAUAGAACUGCAAAAUGGAUGAUGAGUAAACAAUAUAUUUGUAAGCAUUUUAGAAAAUGCAAUUUUGCAGAAAAAACACACACAAUUUACUGUGAGGCAUAUUCAACCCUAGAAAGAAGUAGUAAUACUAAGGAAAAUGUAAAUAAUUAUCAAGGGAAUAAUGAAUAUAAUGACAACACAUUAAAAAUAAGUGAAACUGAAAAAACUGACAAAACAGAAAAAAUAACAAAAGGAACUAUAAUAGAAGAAAAGGAAGGUCAAAUUGUACCAGGUUUCGAAAAUAAUGUAUCCCAAGAAUAUGGAUAUAAAUAUGAAAAGCAUGAACCAACCAUGUUUGGUGAUUGGUCACACAAUUGUAGAGUCACAGAUUUUUAG